ACUCUCAUCUUUCAAGUCCACAUUUGUUAAUGUUGUUGGUCUGCUGCCAUCCAUCAAGGUGAAAGAGUUAGAUAGAUGAAUUAAGGCAGUUGACUGUAGUCUGUAGAAGCUGUACAGAUCACAGCUGGAUGCUCUGGAGCCAGAACGCUGUCUGGAGAGAUUAAAUCAAGAGCAAGCGGAUGAUCUAGAAGGACACAGAAAUUCUCCUCCAGAUAAGGUUUGCUGGAAUGGGUAAUCUUCUAAAAGUCCUAACAAGAGAAAUAGAGAACUAUCCCCAUUUUUUCCUGGAUUUUGAAAAAACCAAAUGGGGAAUCUUUUAAAAGUGCUCACUUGCACAGAGCUUGAUCAGGGGCCAAACUUUUUCCUUGACUUUGAAAACGCACAGCCGACAGACUGUGAGCGAGAAGUGUGGAACCAAGUGAACGCUGUGCUCCAGGAAUCUGAGAGCAUCCUGUCAGGCCUGCAGGCUUACAAAGGAGCUGGACAGGAGAUCAGAGAUGCCAUCCAAAAUCCUAACGACUUGUUGCUUCAGGAGAGGGCGUGGAACUCAGUGUGUCCUCUUGUCAUCCGACUCAAAAAAUUCUAUAGCUUUUCGUUGAGGCUGGAGAAAGCACUGCAGAGCCUGUUAGAGUCUCUGACAUGUCCACCAUACACUCCCACCCAGCACUUGGAGAAGGAGCAGGCCCUCGCCAAGCAGUUUGCAGAGAUACUGCAUUUCACCCUCCGCUUUGAUGAACUUAAGAUGAGAAUUCCUGCCAUCCAAAACGACUUCAGCUACUACAGAAGAACGAUCAGCCGGAACAGAAUAAAUAACAUGAAUUUGGACAUUGAAAAUGAAGUUAAUAAUGAGAUGGCAAACAGAAUGUCGCUCUUCUAUGCUGAAGCCACUCCAAUGCUGAAAACUCUUAGUACAGCUACAACAAACUUUGUGACAGAGAAUAAAACAUUGCCCCUGGAGAACACCACAGACUGUCUGAGCACAAUGGCCAGUGUGUGCAAGGUCAUGUUGGAGACACCAGAGUACACGAGCCGGUUCAACAGUGAAGAAACGCUUCUCUUCUGCAUGCGGGUGAUGGUGGGCGUCAUCAUUCUCUAUGACCAUGUGCAUCCCAACGGUGCCUUCAACAAGUCCUCUAAAAUCGAUAUGAAAGGGUGCAUAAAGGUCCUGAAAGAUCAGCCAGCUGAUAAUGUUGAAGGUCUUCUUAAUGCCCUCAAAUUCACCACAAAACAUCUGAAUGAUGAAUCCACUCCAAAAAAUAUCAGAACAAUGCUCCAGUAACCUUCUUUUCUGUUUUUGUUUGUUUUGUAUGUUUGUUUUUGUUUUUUAAGCGAAGAGGAUCAGUGUACAGACCUCAAAAGAUGUAUAUGUUUACAUUUAUUUAAGGACUUGAUGUUAAUACUUGUGUGUAUUUACAUAGCCAUUCCCUCCAAUUUACUGCAAUGUAAAAAAAAAAUACCUUUAUUCAGAGCUGAACUGAUUGCCUUUACUGUCUUUUAAAGCACAAAUUAAUGAAGCCUCGCCGCCUUACAAAAAGCUCAUGAUAUUGUUCUCCAUGUUUUUUUUUUUGUUUUUUUUCCCCAAUCAAAAAAAGGUGAUCAUCAAACCAAAGGGGCUAAUGUGUUGUGAGGAGUGUGUGUGUUCAGGGCAAGUGUUGUAGGGUGAGGUUAGGUGAACAGAAGCUAAACGGAGGAUUUACUGAUUUAAACGGUGCUUUUGUCUUGAUUGGAGAGUGAGAAGGCAGUUCAGUAAUGCUAGAGAAAGGAAUGAUGUUACCAAAUGCAUUUCUGUUUUUUUUUUUUUUUUCUUUUCUUUUUUUUAUUGUGUUUUGGCGAAGUUUUUGUUGUAUUUUUUUUCUAUGUGAUGUGUGCUCUUCUUGUUUGUGUGCCUCUGUGUCUAACACGCAUUCUUUACUCAUCACCACAGCUUUAAAAUUUGAAAUAAAAUGACAUUUUGAGUAUAUUUUAA